GCUGUGCCCAUAGUUGAAGGAGUCUUUAUAUUUCUGAUAGAAGACAGCUGCAAAAAAAAAAGGCGUAAGAAUUUUGAAGCUGUGUUCAAAUGUAUCCUUCAGAGUGGAUUGGAUAACUUGGUGAUAAACCACAUGCUAAAGAACAACGUGGCUGGACAAACAUCUAUCCAGACCCUACCUAAUACGGAUCAAAAGUCGACCAGUGUAAAAAAAGACAACCACAAAAAAAAAACAAUUAAGAUGUUGGAAUACCUGGGCAAAGAUGUUCUUCAUGGUGUUUUUAAUCAUUUGGCAAAACACGAUGUUGUGACAUUGAAGGAAGAGGAAAAGAAAAAAUAUUAUAAUGCCAAAAUUGAAGACAAGGCCCUGAUCUUGGUAGACUCUGUGCGAAAGAAUCGCGAGGCUCAUCAAAUCUUUAUCCAAACACUUCUCGAUAUGGACCAAAAGAUCACCAGUGUAAAACCUCUUCUGCAAAUCGAGGCUGGACCACCUGAGUCAGCAGAAUCUACAAAUACACUCAAACUUUGUCCUCGUGAAGAAUUCCUGAGACUGUGUAAAAAAAAUCAUGAUGAGAUCUAUCCAAUAAAAAAGAGAGAGGACCGCACACGCCUGGCUCUCAUCAUAUGCAAUACAGAGUUUGAUCAUCUGCCUGCAAGGGAUGGGGCUCAGUUUGACAUCCUGGGGAUGAAAGGGCUGCUUCAGGGCCUGGACUACACCGUGGUUGAAGAAAAGAAUCUCACAGCCAGCGAUAUGGAGUCAGCGCUGAGGGCAUUUGCUGCCCGACCAGAGCACAAGUCCUCCGACAGCACGUUCUUGGUACUCAUGUCUCAUGGCAUCCUGGAGGGAAUCUGCGGAACUGUGCAUGAUGAGAAAAAACCAGAUGUGCUGCUUUAUGACACCAUCUUCCAAAUAUUCAACAGCCACAACUGCGUCAGUCUAAAGGACAAACCCAAGGUCAUCAUUGUCCAGGCCUGCAGAGGUGAAAAACAUGGGGAACUCUGGGUCAGAGACUCUCCAGCAUCCUUGGCAGUCAUCUCUUCACAGUCAUCUGAGAACCUGGAGGCAGAUUCUGUUCGCAAGAUCCACAAGGAGAAGGACUUCAUUGCUUUCUGUUCUUCAACACCACAUAACGUGUCCUGGAGAGACCGCACAAGGGGCUCCAUCUUCAUCAUGGAACUCAUCACAUGCUUCCAGAAAUAUUCUUGCUGCUGCCACCUAAUGGAAAUAUUUCGGAAGGUACAGAAAUCAUUUGAAGUUCCACAGGCUAAAGCCCAGAUGCCCACCAUAGAACGAGCAACCUUGACAAGAGAUUUCUACCUCUUUCCUGGCAAUUGAAAAUGAAACCACAGGCAGCCCAGUCCUCCUCUGUCAACAACAAAGAGCACAUUUACCAGUAUAGCUUGCAUAGUCAACAUUUGGUAUUUCGAUAAAAGUAAAGACUAUAUCUUUUUAGAUUGUAUGAACUGUAUCUUUUUAGAUUCUCUAAUAGACAAUAUAAUUUCAAUGAAAAUGGUGGACGAGUGAAAAUGAAGUGGAAGAAACUAACUGGAUUUUCGAGUUUUAUGGCUCAUGUAACAUCUGUACCUGGCUGAUGAAGACGACUGGCUGUGACUUACCGCCAGCAAUAGAAUGAAAGAAGAUAGUGUUUAAAAGUAUAAGAUACCACCUCAUACCCAUUAGAAUGACUCCCAUCAAAAUAUACAAACAAACGGAAAAUAACAGGUGUUUGCAGGGAUGUGGAAUAAUCGGAACCCUGUGCUCUGUUGGUGAGAAUGUCAAAUGGCACCACUGUGGAAAACAGUAUGGAAGUUCCUCACAAAAUUAAAGCUAGAAUUAUCAUAGGAUCCAGAAACUCCACCUUUGGGUACAUCCCUAAAAUAAUUGAAAGCAGGGUCUCAAAGAUACAUUUAUACACCCAUGUUCAUGGCAACGUUGUUCAUGAUAUCUAAAAUGUGGAAGCAACAAAAGUAUCCAUGGACUGAAAAAUGGAUAAGUUAAAUAUCGUAUAUAGAUAUAAUAAAAUACAAUUUAGCAUAGAAAGGAGGGAAGUUCUGACAUAUGCUAAAAUAUAGAGGAACUUUGAGGACAUUAUGCCAGGUAAAAUAAGCCAUUCACACACACAAAAAUACAAUAUGAUCACACUUAUAUGAGGUACCUAGAUUAUCAGAUUCACAGAGACAGAAAGUAGAAUGGUGAUUGCCAGGUGCUAGGGCAGGAGAAAAUGAAGAGUCAUUUAAUGGUUAUAAAGUUUCAGAUUUACAAGAUAGAAAGAAUUCUGGAGGUAGAUGGGUGAUUUUUGUGCAAAAUUAUGAAUGUAUUUAAUACUAUUUGGCUGUACACUUAAAAUUGUUAAGCUUGUAAUUUUGUUAUGGCAUUUUACUAUGAUAAAAAUUGCAAAAAUAUAAUGAUAUAAUUGAAAGUGAGAAGGUAUGAGGGCAACAUUAAUCAACUUACAUAGAGAAAAUUUUAGCUACUGAGCAACAUUGAUGAAAGAAGAAAUUAGGGUUAAAUAUAUUAUUUAUGGUUUCACAAUUAAUCAAUAAAAAGUUUGAACAUCAUGACAUCAUCAAAUAUUAAGUAGAAUAGACCAGAUAUGUGGCUAUGUAAGUGAGCUGCAUCUCAUUUUUCAUAUGAGGUAGUCAAUGGCAUUGUUUAUGUUCCAUAUUUCAGGAAACACAGAGCUAUAAUAGUCAUUGAGAAUUCCAAAUGUUACUGCCAAACAAAACAAAACAAAAAUAAUUGAAGGAAAUUACAUCUAGUAUGUGGGACUAAAGGUGGGGAGAGUUGUACUGGGAAAUAUGAUUUUUAUUGUAUUCUUUUCUGUACUAUGGACUGUCUCAUGAAUGUAUUACUUUGACAAAACAUUUA